AUGGACAGCUCUCCCGCCUCGCCUUUGUGUGAGGAAUCCACUCUCCGCUCGGCUCAGGACUUAGGCGCGCGGAGCGAACCGGGCGCGGACUUAGGCGCGCGGAGUGAGCCGGGCGCCCCGGCCCAGGACUUAGGCGCGCGAAGCGAGCCUGGGACUUAG